AAAAUGAUUGUAAUUGUGAUGGGCGUGGAGUAAGAAUCAUCCCCCUGAAUCCUAGAUGAAUACCUAUCAACUUCUAUCAAGAAAAUAAGGGGGUUUUGCCUCCAAAACGGCUACAGAGGUUUUGGAAGAGGAGGCGAAGCUGAAGCUGCGAAUCUUAAAGCUCAGAACAGACCGAUUGGUGGGUAUUUUACAGGGAUGAUGUGGUCAGCAAGGACUGAUGGCAUUUUUGCUACUCAGAUUAGCCAACUCUCUGAUUGUUUGGUUAGUUUCCCAUGCUCCUGAACUACCCGUUUACAGUUAUGCUUAAAAUACCCAAAUUCACCAAAAAUCUGCAAUAUUUUUUCAAAACCCCUAGUUUUUCAAUUUCCCCAUCUGGGUUUAACAGAUUUUAUAAUGAUACUGUCUUCAACAAUACAAAUGGAUUGGAUUCGGGGACCGAGUGGGAGCGGCUGCUCAAACCAUUCGACCUCCCCGAGCUACGAACUUCACUCACCCGAAUUACGCCUUAUCAGCUCUGUAAAUUGCUUGAGCUUCCUCUGGACGUGCCCACUUCCAUGGAGCUAUUCCAGUGGGCAGGCACCCAGAAGGGGUAUUGCCAUAUGUUUGAUGUUUACUAUAUGCUAAUCGAUAAGCUUGGGGCGGCUGGGGAGUUCAAAACCACAGAUGCGCUGUUAAUGCAGAUGAAACAAGAAGGAAUUGUUUUUAGAGAAUCCCUUUUCAUCUUGAUUAUGAAACACUAUGGCAGAGCUGGUUUGCCCGGGCAAGCCACUAGAUUGUUGUUGGAUAUGAGAGGUGUUUAUUCUUGUGAACCUACUUUUAGAUCUUAUAAUGUUGUAUUGGAUGUUCUGUUGGCUGGGAAUUGCCCUAAGGUUGUUCCCAAUGUUUUCUAUGAGAUGUUGAGUAAAGGAAUUUCUCCUACUGUUUAUACAUUUGGUGUGGUGAUGAAAGCCCUUUGUUUGGUUAACGAGGUGGAUUCUGCAUGUGCACUCCUUAAGGAUAUGACGAGGCAUGGGUGUGUCCCGAAUGCAAUAGUUUAUCAAACUCUAAUACAUGCCCUGUCGAAGGUAGGCAGAGUGAAUGAAGUGCUGAAACUCUUGGAAGAAAUGCUUUUGAUGGGUUGCAUCCCAGAUGUGAACACCUUCAAUGAUGCUAUCCAUGGCCUUUGUAAGAUGCUGCGGAUUCAUGAGGCUGCAAAACUGGUUGAUCGGAUGCUUCUCCGGGGAUUUACCCCUAAUUCUUUUACUUAUGGAGUUUUGAUGCAUGGUUUAUGUAGAAUGGGAAAAGUUGAUGAAGCAAGGAUGUUAUUGAACAAGGUGCCCAACCCGAAUGUUGUGCUGUUUAAUACAUUGAUAAACGGUUACGUGUCAAGAGGCCGGUUGGAUGAAGCCAAGGCUGUUAUGCAUGAAAGCAUGUUAAGCGUUGGAUGUGGCCCUGAUAUUUUUACUUAUAACACACUGAUCCUUGGUCUUUGCAAGAAGGGGUAUUUGGUUUCAGCUCGUGAAUUGAUGAAUGAGAUGCAAAUCAAGGGUUGUGAGCCCAAUGUGAUUACCUACACGAUUUUGAUUGAUCGGUUCUGUAAGGAAGGCCGACUAGAGGAAGCUAGGAAUGUUUUAGAUGAGAUGUCAGGAAAAGGACUUGCUCUAAAUGCAGUGGGUUACAAUUGUCUAAUAUCUGCUUUAUGCAAGGAUGAGAAGGUCCAGGAUGCUCUAAAUAUGUUUGGUGACAUGUCGAGUAAAGGAUGCAAGCCAGAUAUCUUCACAUUUAAUUCUUUAAUAUUUGGGCUAUGCAAGGUUAAUAAGUUUGAGGAGGCCUUGGGAUUAUAUCAAGACAUGUUGUUGGAAGGUGUUAUUGCCAACACUAUAACUUACAAUACAUUGAUUCAUGCGUUCCUGAGGAGAGGUGCAAUGCAAGAAGCCCUUAAGCUUGUGAACGAUAUGUUGUUUAGAGGCUGCCCUCUUGAUGACAUCACUUAUAAUGGCCUAAUAAAGGCACUCUGCAGAGCUGGGAAUAUUGAGAAAGGACUGGCAUUGUUUGAAGAUAUGAUGAGUAAGGGACUUAAUCCCAAUAAUAUUUCUUGCAAUAUUUUGAUCAAUGGCCUCUGUAGAACAGGGAAUAUACAACAUGCACUUGAGUUUCUGAGGGAUAUGAUUCAUCGUGGUUUGACUCCGGACAUAGUAACUUAUAACAGCCUGAUAAAUGGUCUAUGCAAGACAGGGCGUGCUCAAGAGGCUUUGAACCUCUUUGACAAAUUACAAGUUGAAGGAAUUUGUCCUGAUGCUAUCACUUACAAUACUUUGAUUAGUUGGCAUUGCAAAGAAGGCAUGUUUGAUGAUGCCCAUUUGCUUCUAAGCAGAGGCGUGGACAGUGGGUUCAUACCUAAUGAAGUGACAUGGUAUAUAUUAGUCAGCAAUUUCAUUAAAGAAGGUGACCAAGAGUUCUAGACCUUAUCGCAAGCUAAGUCAGUCACUGAAAGGAAGUGUAGGCUUUUGAAGAAUGACAAGUUAUCUUUUGGUUUAGUUUAGCUUUAUAAAAAGUUGCUUGGCCAAUCAUUUUUGCUGAUACCUGAAGUUAAGAAUUCUUUCAACCAAAUAUGAAUCAAUUAACCUUUGAUUGUUUCAUUUUCUGAUGCUCCCGAGUGCACAUUAAUUGGAUCGGUCAUUGGUUACUAGGAAUUUGUUGCAUGAAAAUGCUUGUUAUCUCAGAGGAAGUGUGCUGAUGCGGACUGGAGGAGUUCUAAAAGCAGUUGUAGCUGAGAUUUCUUUUAGGGGAAUAGACACUUCAAAGUAGUUUGUGGUGUUGAUUGCAUUGCUGCCAUUUUAAGAGAUUUGUACCCAAGCUUACACCUCUUUGAAAUACUGGGUCCGAAUGCUUGGAAAAAACUUCCAUAGCCGAUAUUCAUCAACUCAAAUGAAUCUUAAAGUUGGUUGAAUUAGAAGAUGUUGAAGACAUAUGCUGAGAAGAAAAAUUCCCAUUGUCCAAACUUGUGGUAACAUAUCUUACAAUUAGUUUAUUGACUUUACUUUUCUUUUUUCGUCCUUUUUGAAUCUUGGCUGUGUAUGCUUCCUAUAUCUAAUUCCAGAUGCAUGUUUUUCAAGUUUGUGUUCAAAUAAAUGUUAAUUUCAUUUACACUGGGCUUGAAAAAGUAUUAAUUAUAGUAGUUUCAAUUUUCAUGCAUGAUCUUCCGUUGUGUAAUUGUGUUGUUUUAUUGAGUAUACAUAAGAUAAUCAUCAAAGUCACAAUUACUGGUAUGGUAAUAUAAUGUGAAUCAUGCUCAGAAAAUGAUAAGCAUGUAAUUUGUCAAAAUACAGAACACUAAGCAAAAUUGUAGUUACUGAAAUUUAUCACACAAAUUGAGAGGAAAACAACAAUAAUCAUCCCAGAUUAUGGUAACAUAGAAGAGAAAAAAGACCCCUAUAAUCCUAAAACCGUCCACCAGACUUGUACAGAAAGCUUGCACCCCUUGUAUUUAUAAAUUUUUUUACUACAACUCAUUCACUAAACAGCAGCUACUACUUACAGAGAUGCGAUUCACAAACAAGGUAAGACAACAAGUUUGAGCUGUCUAUAUGGGAGUUCUAUUGUUGAUCAAUCUAAACAAGUUCUUGCCAUGCAGAUGGGAUGCUAGACUUGGCAAAUAUGGUUCAAGUGCCUCCAGAAGAGAUCUAUACAACUGUAUGUUAGCAUCCUGUGGGAAAAAAAAUGAUAUUGGUGGCUGUUUGGAUCACAUAAUUGCCAAACUGAUCGUGGGCAAGUUGUGGAAGUCUCCCACUUGUUGUAAGCUCUUUAACUGCAAAACUCAUCCAAUGAGACUUCAAGCACUUCUCCACAAUAUGGCUGCCACUCUUCUGAACCGAGAGUCGUACAUAGUACCCUUGGAGAAGAUGGCAUAUCUUGCUUGUGAAAACAGGGUGAUGAAGUUCAAGGAUGUGCUGGACAACAAAGUUCCUGAAAAGAAGAUGAAUUCAGCAACCAAGUCUUCAUAAAAUCAGAAUGACAUGUACAUAGAAUUAGGAAACGUGGUUGGUACCCUCUUGGGUCUUGUGAGAGAAACACCGUGUUGUCUGUGAUUUUAUGCAGGAGAAGGUCUCUGUAUGGACCUAUUACGUUGUUGAUGAAACUAUUCAAUGCUAUACAUCCUUUUGCAUGCGUGGCCAAUGCCACACAGGGGAGUAUUGCUGCUCUAUAUAAUUCCUGUAGAGUUCAAAUA